CUGUGGGACCCAAGCACAGGGAAGCAGGUGGGCAGGACCCUUGCCGGCCACAGCAAGUGGAUCACGGGCCUGAGCUGGGAGCCCCUCCAUGCGAACCCCGAGUGCCGCUACGUGGCCAGCAGUUCCAAGGACGGCAGCGUGCGGGUCUGGGACACGACUGCGGGCCGCUGGCGUGCUGUGCCGGACUCUGCAAGGCCACGGCCACUGGGUGAACACCAUGGCACUCAGCACUGACUACGCCCUGCGCACAGGGGCCUUUGAGCCAGCGGAGGCCUCAGUUAACGCCCAAGACGUCCAGGGGUCCUUGCAGGAGUUGAAGGAGAGGUCUCUGAGCCGAUACAACCUCGUGCGGGGCCAGGGCCCAGAGAGGCUGGUGUCUGGCUCAGACGACUUCACCUUAUUCCUGUGGUCCCCAGCAGAGGACAAGAAGCCCCUCGCCCGGAUGACGGGACACCAGGCCCUCAUCAACCAGGUGCUCUUCUCCCCUGACUCCCGCAUCAUCGCCAGCGCCUCCUUUGACAAGUCCGUCAAGCUGUGGGAUGGCAGGACGGGCAAGUACCUGGGUUCCCUGCGUGGCCACGUGGCUGCCGUGUACCAGAUUGCGUGGUCAGCCGACAGCCGGCUCCUGGUCAGCGGCAGCAGUGACAGCACACUGAAGGUGUGGGAUGUGAAGGCCCAGAAGCUGGCCACAGACCUGCCAGGCCACGCAGAUGAGGUAUAUGCUGUCGACUGGAGUCCCGAUGGCCAGAGAGUGGCAAGUGGUGGGAAGGACAAAUGCCUCCGGAUAUGGAGGAGAUGAGAAAUCCCACAGUUCUCUCUGACCCCUGCCUGGACUCAGCCUGUGCCAGCUGCCUGCCCUGACAGAGACCAGAGGCCAGGGUGGUGACCCUGAGAACAGGCGUGGCCUGAUGUCCUUGGACAGACCCCAGUGGGGUCCCUCCCCAGAGCAGGAGGUCGAAGGUCACAGGAAGUCAUCAUGGAGCCCAGCCCAUGGCCAUCACUCUGUACCUUGCUGGUGCCAACCAUGGUGGCAGGAGGCUGGACAAUGACUGGACCCCUGCUUCUAUCCCGCCUCCUUUUCCAGUGUCAGCUC